AUGAGGGCGUUCCCAAGACCGAAUCACCAUGGCAGUCUCUUGGUGAUGACUAUGACAUGUUGCGUCUUGUUUGUUCUCUUUGGGGAAGCCGUCUUUGCCUUUCCAGCAGCAGAAAGGGCACAUCGGAUUCCAUGCAAGUCCAUAUCUCCUUCUUCCGUCCAGAGACGGCACCGAUGCUCUGCCUCGUCUGGUAGACGUCCUUACUACUUUACUACGAUGACAGGACUGAACCUGUCGGGUGGGGUCCCUCCUACUCGCAGCAAUAAUGACGGAGGAGACAAGGAUGGCAAUAAACGAAACCGAAAUGAGAAACGGCGGUUUGGACGCAAAGAAGGACGGAGGCAUGCUUCGAGAUCCUCGACGGCCGGUCUAGGCUUUGGAGGGGUGGUUCGACGUGGCGGUAACUCAACAACAACCAGUAGUAGCGCCGCUGCAGUGAUGGACCCGCCAGAAAAGGCUCGCCAGAAAGUCUACGAAGAGCAAUUUCAAGAAAUGACAAAGAGAAUGGCCCAGUUGGAGGGGAUUGUGGCAAAACAAAGUGUAGAGAUUCGGAGACUCAAAGAAGACUAUAGUAGUCUCCAAGAAGCCGUACAUGCCUUUCAACAAGUCAUAGAGCUGCUAAAAGCCGCUGGGCUGCAAACGGAUGAGUUGCCGUCGACUGAUGAAGACACCACGAGAAGGGAAAUAUUUGGAGAGGCUCCUUCCUCUGUGACAGAUGCCGCUGAUCAUGCUGGUGCGGCCAUCUUGGCCGGAUUGCUGGGUGGCAAGCAGAGAAUGCUCAUUGAUGUGCGAGAUUCGGAAUUGAGCCGAGAUGCUGACACUCUGGUACAAUUCAUUGAACUUGCCAUUUUGCCGGUUGCAGCAGGGCUCGAAGGGCUUACUAGCACACGAAACCGAGUCAAGCUUGUCUUCCCGACAGUGUCGCAAUUGCUGCAAUACCGCAAGACAAUGGCCCUGGCAGCUCCUGAAGUGGUGGCUUUGAGUACCCUAGGAUUUGACCCUGUGGAAGAACGGGACAACUUGGUUGUGAUUGUAGCUCCACAGCCGGAUGACGAAGAGGGUUUGCAAGCCAUGAACGAUUUGCUCGAUCCGCCCAAUUGGAAGCAAGAUCAACGAAUCACACAACCUCUUGUAGUCCUGAAUCAUCACAUGGUUCCAGUGUCGGGACCAGCCGCCAGAUUUGAUGUCAUGUACCACCUACGGCUGCUGUCCGUUCAAUACAUGUCGGGGGGUCGUGCGGAUGCCUUCUUUGAAUCAUAUACGGAUGGAGAUUCCGACGUUGACCAAUCAUCCAAUGAAAAGGAAAAGCCCGACGAUGCUAUACUGGAAGAGGCUAUGAGGCAUGCUCAUGAAGCGGGCAUGAGUCAUGGUGUGACACGAGCCAUGGUGAUUCGGGCGUAUCCCAAACCAUGGCAUGUUUUUGUAGAUAUAUCUCCAAGCACAGAUGCUGAUUUUGUAGUAGCCGCCACAUUUGACGAUGAACCCACAACAGAGGAGGUGAAUCAGUCAAUUGUUGAAUGCAUCGAAGGGAGUGAACGUGAAGAUGAAAUUGUUGCACAACAAAUGCAUCAAGCUCUCGACAUGCAAAAUGAGAAGCUUGACAUGGACAUGAAAGGUGAUGGCUCCUCCGAUGACAAGGACGACGACGAUGAUGAAGAGGAUGAGUGGUACAACCUUUGGACGGAGGAUAGUAUAUAG